AAGAAGUAUUAUUAGAGAACACAGAACUGAUUCUUGAAGCCUUUGAUUAUUUGCAAUUCCCUUUUGCCCUCAAGCAAGGCCGCGUUGGCAAAUUGAGUAUAAAAAUCCCGUGGAAAAAGCUUGGCAGGGAACCCAUCAUUAUCAUACUAGAGGAUGUUUUUAUCUCUGCAUCUCAGCGCAGUGAAGAAGAGUGGAGUUUGGAUGCUGUUGAGAGAAGAGAGUUUGCUGGCAAAAAGGCGAAGCUUGCUGCUGCAGAGCUUGCAAAAUUGUCGAGUCGCAUGUGUGGUGAGCUAUUUCAAUUACACCUUGUUAUACCCUUGAUGAAAUCAAUGGUUGAAUCUUUAAUUAACUUAAGGGAAAUAUCAAAAGCAACCCUUGCAUUCAUGCAGUUCUAACAAAUUGAAUUGUGCACAUUUGGUUGUAUCAUUGUGCACUCUAUGCUUCUUUUAUAUAAAAUCAUUUCCAUUUGAAAUUUUUGUUAGUUUUGAACUCUUUGUACACAAGGUAUUAUCAGAAAAUCAGAAAUCGACAUGUUUGCAAAGAUAUCUUUGUUUAUAACUUAUUAAUGAUUUAGAAGUACAUGAACAAAUUUCACGCUUGAGGAUAAAUUUGGGGGAGAGUAAUCUUGCAAGAAUUAGUUUCUUUUUUUUUUCUUUUUGUUUUGAAAUAGUCUAGCAGGAAUUAGUGUGGAGGAUGCAAUUGUCAUGGGCCUAUUGGAGUUAAUAGGAUGCACUAGGAGCUGGUGGCCUAUUAAUAUAAAAGUUCCUUUGGAAAG